AUGUCGAAUCCGAUGGCAGACGCAAAAGCCCAAGCCCUGGCUGCCCGCGGCGCGGAGGUUGUCCAGGCAGACUUGGACUCGCCUUCUACGCUCCCCUCAGCCUUUGAGAACGCGAACGCCAUUUUCGCUGUCAGUGACUUCUGGGGCUUAUUUGGUGAUCCUGCCAACGCAGCCAAGGUGAAGGGCCAGCCGCUCAAUGUCUGGGCUGCUAACCAUGAGACUAAGCAACUAAAGGGUGUUAUCAAUGCUGCCGCAAAGGUGCCUACACUGGAACACUUCGUGUUUUCGUCUCUUUCUGACGCGAUGAAGUGGUCUAGGGGAAAGUACACGCAUGUCUAUCAUUUCAACUCAAAGGCCAAGGCAGAGGCAUAUGGAAGAGAAACCUACCCCAAGCUUUGGAAGAAGACAAGCAUCUUCCAGGCGGGGUUUUUCCUGAGCAAUUUCCUAUCAAAUCUGAUCUUCCAGCCCCAGAUGACAGCGAACGGUGUAGCCCAUUUUGUGGGGCAUCUAGACCCAGACCUUAAACUACCUUUCAUCGCCCCGGAAGAAGACACUGGACCAAUUGUGAAGGCCCUCGUGCAAGAAGCAGCUGGGAAGAACGUCAUAGCCUAUAGGGAGUGGAGCUCUUUACGCAAACUCUCAAAGGCAUUUGCGCAGGCCACCAGGAUCAAAGCAGAAUGUAUUAUAUUAGAAAAAGGACAGCCGAACAUUCCCCUCCCCCCUGAGCUCAGUCGUGAAUUAGAUGACAAUUGGGCUUAUUGCAACGAGUUCGGAUACGAGGGCCGAGAUGACCCUACAAUCAUCCAUACUAAAGACAUGAGUUUAUGA